AUGCCCAGUUUGGAGCAGAAACUCUGUCACCGUUUAAGGCUGGGCCGGCUCUUAGCACGGACGCCCGCUCAGCUUAGCAUACUGCAGCCCAGAACUCCUGGGCUCAAGCGAUCCGGUGGGCUCAGCCUCCCGAGUAGCUGGGACUACAGGCGUGCACCACCGAAAAAACCGCCACUGGUUUUUAGCCAAACCAGGACAUUCUCGAACUGA